AUGAUAACCAAAGUCGCCCGUCUAGCUCAGUCGGUAGAGCGCAAGGCUCUUAACCUUGUGGUCGUGGGUUCGAGCCCCACGGUGGGCGUUUUUAUUUUCCUCGGUGAUCUUUCUUUAUUUUCCUCGGUGCUCUUUCUUUUGGGCUUCCUUGACAACAUUUUUGUGCUCCACUCUAUUUGGGCCAUAUUUGAGGCCAAGCAUAUCAUCCCAAAUGCUAAAAUACACCCUCUCUUCAAGGGUUUUAACAAACCUAAAUCCACAGAAAUUCGACUCUUUUGCUUGCAACUUCCUCGCUGUGUCACCGGGAAACGAAUUAACAUGUCAACAGCAGCUCAAGCUUUCAAUGGCAACCUCAAGAAAGCACUUGCUGGACUGAGACGAAUCAAUUUAGAAGGCUUGAGAUGGAGAGUAUUUGAUGCAAAGGGACAGGUCUUGGGAAGGCUCGCAUCGCAAAUAUCAACUGUGGUUCAGGGAAAGGACAAACCGACAUACGCGCCCAAUCGUGAUGAGGGGGACAUGUGCAUUAUUAUUAAUGCAAAAGAUGUGUGUGUCACAGGAAGGAAAAUGACAGAUAAGGUUUACCAAUGGCAUACAGGGUAUAUAGGCCACCUGAAGGAGAGGACUUUGAAAGACCAAAUGGCCAAAGAUCCCACAGAGGUUAUACGCAAAGCUGUCCUACGGAUGCUCCCUAGGAACAAAUUACGUGAUGAUAGAGACAGAAAGCUGAGGAUAUUUUCUGGGGACGAGCACCCUUUUGGUGAUAAGCCUCUCGAACCUUAUGUGAUGCCUGCAAGACAAGUGCGUGAAAUGCGGCCACGUGCUAGACGGGCCAUUAUCCGUGCCCAAAAGAAAGCUGAACUACAAGAACAGGGUAACUCGAACAUGAGGAAAGGUAGAAAGAGGAAAGAAGUCGAACCAGAACUCGAAGCAUGAUUGUAAUACGUUUCCAAGAUAGCCAUGAGCUUUAUAUAUGAUAUAAAUAUGGCAUGUAUGCUGUUGAAUGUAGCACUUGAUAAAGUCAUGGGCUUGCUAGAGACGACUUCGAAUAACAAUCUGGAGAAUGUUGUUUUUCAAAGUUGUAAUUUUUGAAUUUGUUUGAAGAUGAGAUUCCUUCGCUGGUCUAUCAUUUUAGUUGGCUAUCAGGAGCGUAGCCAGAAUUUUUUUUACAACUUUUAUUCGAAUCGCGUUGUUUACAAACAUAGUUUGGUUUGACUUGUCAAGCUCCAAUAACAAAUUGAACUUGUCUAUCAAAGAAAUCGAGUCGAGCAUGUUUACGAUCAACAUUGUUUGAGUUUCGAAUUUUGGUUUAGGUUUCAAAUUAAAACGAAUCAACCCAAGUUUAUAAGAGAA